AUGGCUGAUAGACCACGAGUUCCAGAUGGCUUCCAAGAACUUCUUGAAGAACUUUCCUAUGAAGUGCUCAAGCAAAGACCUUCCGAUUUUAUACAGUUUUCUAUUGACUUCCUACAAUCCAGGAGGGGUCCGAACGGGACAUUUAUUACCAAACGAACGACCAGUGGUUUUGCAAAUGAUGACCCACUGAGAAAUAACAGAGACCUUCAUUUUAAUUCAUGCCCACAAAAUAACCACUGUGCGUAUGCCAUGGCUUACGGCCGUAUAGAUUAUGCUCAGUUUCCCAAGUCUUUCGAAAUUCAAAAAAUUAACAAGUCCGAAGAACAAGCUACGCGUCUGAACAGUGCAAUACAGAGUACUCAACUGUUUAAGGAUUUGAACGAAAAUGAGUUGAGUGCUUUGUUUGAUGCAAUGUCCGAAAUGAAGGUGAAUGCUGGUGACCAGAUCAUCAAAUAUGGAGAUGAUGGAGAUAAAUUCUACGUUGUAGACUCAGGAAAAUUCUACGCUGAAGUCAACGUGGAUGGAGAAAUGAAGCGAGUUGCCGAAUAUGACGGUUCUGGGUGUUUCGGUGAACUCGCCUUAAUAUACAACACCCCAAGGUUGGCCACAGUCAUAGCCGAGACACCCGGAGCUUUGUGGGUUCUUGACAGGGACAGCUUCAGGGCCAUCAUUUUCAAUAGUGCGUAUUUACGUCGGCAAUGUUUUGAAGGCUUGCUUGAAAAGGUUGAACUUUUUAAAUCUCUUAGUACCUAUCAACAGUCUCAACUAGCGGAUGCCUUUCAAACAAAGACUGUUGGCCCAUCAGAAGUUAUCUUCAAGGAAGGUGAACCCGGGAAUGAGGUUUUCUUCAUCAACAAGGGCUCUGUACAAGUGUAUAGGGAGGAUGGUGAUAAAGUGGUUGACAUCGCCGAAUUAAACGAUGGUGAAUACUUUGGCGAAGUUGACUUAAUCAAAAAGCAACCUCGAGCAGCGACAGUAGCGGCCAAGUCGCAAGUUGAACUAGCAGUGUUGGAUGCUGAUAACUUUGAGAGAAUUUUAGGCCAGAAUAAGGAUCAGCUGAUGCAACGAAUUGACAGCUACAGCCAUUAA